GAUUCUCUGUCAUGUUCCUUUGCAUUGACCAUGCCUUCCUUUUGGGCCGUAAACGGUAGGAGAAGAGGAUCGAAAAAAAUAGUAGACAGCAAGCUCUCACUGACUAUCCUCCCUCCAACGACAUCGGACAUUCAGCUUCGGAGCUGUUAAGGAAGAGAAAAUGGUGGCCCGAAAAUUUGAAGUGCUCCACCACGACUCCAACUUCGAUGUCGAAUACGAUCCGGACGAUGGCUUCGAAGUUUUCAAAAUCCAGCUCUUCUCCCUCACCUCUAUACCCCCCGAUGAGCAAAAGAUUUAUGGUUGUGAAGAUGAUCGCCCUGUGGCAAGUGACUCCGAUCUCAUCACCAUUUCCGAGAAACUGCGAUUGGUUUCCAUCGACGAAGAUGAACAACAGGCAGAAUCAAGCACUCAGAAUGCCGAAUUGAUGAGAUCAGACGAGGAGCUGGCCAGACUCUUGCAGGCGGAGGAGGAAGAGCUUAUGUUGCGGCAGUAUCUUGCGAGCCAAGAUAAUGGACAAUUUGGGAAUAGAAUACGGCCUUACCUCAAUCAAAUCCAAAUGUAUGAGGAUUCAAGCAGCCAGGAAGCUGCUCGGAAGACUGUCCCUGUGGAAGAACUUGAGGAGAAAGCGUUGGUUUCCUUGGCCAAGGAAGGGAACUUCAAUCCAUCAAAAUCUGAAAAAGAUCAUGCUUUCCUUCUCCAGCUGCUGUUCUGGUUUAAACAAUCCUUUAGAUGGGUUAAUUCACCUCCUUGCCAUGAUUGUGGCAAUAAAACUGUUGGCCAGGGCAUGACUGAUGCUCUUCCUUCUGAGACUCUUUAUGGGGCAUCCAGGGUUGAACUUUACAGGUGUACCAUUUGCUCCAAAUUCACUCGUUUUCCUCGCUACAAUGAUCCAAUAAAGUUAGUGCAGACAAGAGAGGGGCGUUGUGGAGAAUGGGCUAAUUGCUUUACCCUCUAUUGCCGAGCUUUUGGCUAUGAUUCACGCCUGGUUGUGGACUUUACAGAUCAUGUUUGGACAGAAUGCUUCUCACAAUUCCUGGGAAGGUGGAUGCAUCUUGACCCAUGCGAAGGAGUCUAUGACAAACCAUUAUUAUAUGAAAAGGGGUGGAAUAAGAAAUUGAACUAUUGUAUUGCGGUGGCCAAAGAUGGAGUUUAUGAUGUCACCAAACGGUACACAAGGAAGUGGCAUGAGGUUCUAUCUCAACGUACUAUAAUUACAGAGCCUGCCUUGUCAUCUGUACUCGCUAACAUAACAAAAGAAUGUCGAAGAGGCUUUCCAUCUCAACUACUUUCAAUCAUUGAAGCCCGUGAUGUGGAGGAAAAACAACUUCUUGAGAGAUGUUUACAUUCUCAAGAUGAUGUCUCACUCUCAUUACCUGGAAGGAGAAGUGGGGAUGAGGAAUGGUGUAGAUCCAGAAUGGAAAUUGGUUCCAAUAAGAAUUCCACGCUAAGUUCUUCUUCAUGCCCUGUUCGUUUGUGUGUAGAUGAGCACGUGACAAGAAUUUAUAAUGCAUUUCGUCCCAUCCUUCAUCAAUUUGUCAACGAAGCACUAACAAUAUCUGAAGCUGCUGAAGUACUUAAGAUUAUGCGGGGAAUAGUCUUGAAUCUUCAACAUUCCCCCUUCAAGACAAGAAGGACGUCAUCCGAUUCAACUCUAAAGAAUCCAAUAUUUCAGGAGUCGUUUCCAUCUUUUGAUGAGCUACUUGAUGCUCUUUCACUGGAGAAGAAGGUGGACACAGAUGGAAGUGUUGAAAUUUGGUUGGCUGGUGACCCUGUUAGAACUUCUUUGGCAUUGCCUGUGGUGUUGGAUGCUCUGGAUGAUUUGUUAUCGAGUCUUGAAAAAUGUGAAAAGUUUACUGCAGAGUCCCUUGCAUUGCCAAUGUUGAAGUUGAACAGAAUACACUCUGGUUCGGUUGUUGCAAGCGCAGAAGAGUUGCCUUCCGGGAUUGUAAAUUUGCAUACGGCCAGUUUACUCUAUGUUUCUUGUUACUUUUAUCUUCGGGCAUUUAUAAUUAUAACUAUCGUAUUUCAGGUUACAUCAGCAUUUGAUGGAACCCGGCUGUCAAAAUGGGAAGAACCAAAUGGUGCAAGAGGUUGUUGGAUCGAGUAUAGAACUUUUGGCAAUAAGAAGUAUGAACUUGCAGCAUAUGAGUUGAUGUCAGCCAAUGAUGCACCAGAAAGGGAUCCGAUGGAUUGGAUCCUUGAAGGGAGCGAAGAUGAUGGAAUCAGCUGGCGAGUUCUGGAUAAGCAAACCUCUCAGGUCUUUGAAGAUCGUUUCCAGCGUAGAAUAUACACAAUUUCCUCAACGCGUUUGCCAUCUAAUGUUUUCAGCAGGUUCAGGUUUCUGGCAUCUAGAGAUAUUCAAUCAACUUCUCGGCUGCAAGUUGGGAGCAUUGACCUUUACGCAAGAACAGCGUAAAGAUAGAAUAGUUACCAGCUGAAUAGAGUGAUUUCCAGGGUCAGAUCGAGAUGGUGUAAACUUAGUAGUUUUCUUCCCCAGGAGGCUGAAGAUUCAAAUUACCUUUGUUAUAACUUAUAAAGGCUUCUCUCUCUAUCAUGUCGCUGGGAAAGGACCAGAAUGAUCUAAAUUCUAGAGGCCUCGUGUGGUUAGAUGUAUUCCUUAGAACCCUCAUUCAUAAUGUUUGGUUGGGCCAAAGCUAAGUAAAAGCAGUGACAUGAAUAAACUA